AUGUAUACUAUAUAUUAUCAGUACCCAGUUCAACCAGAGAAUUUUGAAUUUGUGGAUGGCUUGAAGGUUGGACUGGUAGGGAUUUGUUUAUCAAUUUUAAUUUGGGCGUUGUUUUCCCUUUUGAAUAAGAGGUACCAGUUUGGGAAAUUCGUAUUUGGUUGUUUAAUCGCAUUUUACUUAUUAACAUUGGCAAAGAUUUGGAUUUCUGACGAUUUUAUCAAUAAUUUACACUACUUUGUUGGAAGACUAUGGUUCAAAUUCAGGAGGGUAUUAAUGUCAGUUGAGGAAGGAUUCUAUCGUUUAAAAAUGGGAUUUAAUUACGGUUUAAGGAAUAGAUUAUUAUUUAAAGUGGAUAGAUUUUUCGACAAUCUAGUGGAUGAUGAAAAUCUGAUAAGAUAUAUAUCUGAAGGGUUUGUGCUCAGUUUCCUUUUUUUCGUAUUACUAAUUUUCUACCUAAUUACAAAGUGUGCAGAUGAAAGUCGCUCUCUGAUUCUGAUUAUUUUCAAGGAUUUUUUUUCCAUUUGUGUUUUAUCCGCUUUGUUCUUAAUUUAUACACAAAAUUUUAAUUCUCCAUUCACUCACUGGAAUCUACUCAAAUACUUCUAAAACUAACCUUUUAACACUAA